CUCUCUCUCUCCUCUAUUGCAGAUUUCAAAAUGGCGGCGUUUAGAACCUCGCGAGUAGAGAGCCUCUGUAUCGCGAGCAUUUCGCGCGGCGGCCUCUUCAGUGAAGCCAUUUAAAGCCUGACCACCUUGUCGCCGGGAGGCGUAGAUCAUCUCUCGCUGCUGGCCGAACUGCAAUAAUGAUUAAACGGAUAGCUGAUCGCACGGAGGAGUCGGAUGACAAGAAGCCGGCCGAGCAGCCCGCAUCCAGUGAGCCAGCCCAAGUGAAAGAACCAGAGCCGUGCUUUCACCGCAGCAGUGCCAUACUGCUGGCACACCGUGGAGUGAAGCCUCGAGAGCUGGUGGUGGCCAAGAGCUCGCUGACCAAGAGGGCUCCCCUCGUUGCUGCUGAAGAGACGGUGACAACCAGCAGGGUUACGGGGAGAUCGGGACCACAGAUGUGUCCCGUCUGCAAGAAAAUAAUCAGCAGUGCCAGCAAUCUCAGGCAGCACUACACCAUAUGCCACACUUCUUCAGAACGGCCCUUUGCAUGUGACACGUGCCAGAAGCGUUUUAAUACUGAGAGUAACCUGAGGCAGCACCGACGAACGCAUACAGGUGAGCGGCCCUUCCCGUGUCCACACUGUGACCGUUCGUUUGGUACGUCCACGAAUCUGAGGCAGCACGAAAGGACUCACACAGGCGAGCGGCCAUUUGCCUGCUCUGAGUGCCCUCGUGCCUUUCAGACGUCCAGCAAUCUGAGGCAGCACCUGCGCAUACACACUGGCGAACGGCCGUUCCCCUGUCCAGAGUGUGGUAAACGUUUUGGCUCAUCCGCUAACCUCAGGCAGCAUCGCAAGACGCACGAUAAUCACCGGUCUUCUAAGAAGGAGGAAAGUGAAGAUGAGGCACCGAGGCCGGACACUGUCAUUCUGGUUGAGAUGGAGGAACCCAAUGAGAUGAUUGUGGGCUACCAGAGUGUAGCCGAUGGAACUGCUUACAGGCACUGGCGAAUCUUCGUUGCACACCAACGUGAUUGUCUUCUGGCAAUCUCCGUCAUGUGGUUCUGUCAUCUAUUACUGUUUAUUUUUUCUAUUAUAUAUUGUCUACAAAGGCACCCGUGCUCGAUCCAACAAAGCAUGUCUGGCCAGCCCUGCCCACAGAGCCUGCUGGCUCAGAUAUCGGCCAGUGUGCUAGUCAAGAAUGAAGGCCCCGAUGAAGUGGUGCCUGACGAGGCCCUCGAAGUGGCUGCUGCUGAGGUGAUGGAGGCUGCGUCCGGUGAACUGCAAGCAGCCGAUGCUGUGGAGACCAUCUUGGUGCCCGAUGAGGAAUUUCAUGGCACGGUGGUGCAGGCAGUUGAAGAAGUGCAAGAAGACAUCACAGCUGAGGUCAUGGCUUCUGUGGACAACACAGUCCUUUGCAAGAUGGAGCCCUGUGAGAAGAGCAGCGAGAUCUGGGUGCUUGGCGACAUAAUCACAGUGGAUGAGCAGGCUCACUGCAUCCUGACCGAGCAUGUGGCUGGUGCCAGCAGUACUGACACCGAAGCCCUUCUAGGGGGCCCCAAGCACGCAUGUACCGACUGCGGCAAGGAGUUCACAACGGUGUUCCACCUUCGUCGGCAUCGGCGUAUUCACACGGGUGAGCGGCCCUAUCCAUGCAAGGUGUGUGGCCAGUGCUUCCGGCACAGCACAUCACUCAAGGUGCACAUGCGCCGGCACACUGGCGAGGAGCCCUUUCAGUGUGCUGUCUGCUCAAAGACCUUCAAGGAUCCAGCUAACUUCAAGGUCCACCAGAAUUCUCACUCCAAGGAGCGGCCUUAUGCCUGCCGUGUGUGUGAGAAGCGCUUCAAUGCAGCCUCCACGCUGUACGCUCACAUGAAGAUACACACGGGCGAGCGGCCGUACACGUGCACCAUCUGCAACCGCUCCUUCACGUUCAACAACACGCUGGUGCGUCACAUCCGCACCCACACGGGUGAGAAGCCGUACAAGUGUGAGCUGUGCCCGCUGCGCUUCUCCACCGCGUCCAACUUGUCUUCGCAUCGCAAGAAGCACUCGCAGGAGCGACAGUUUCACUGCGAGAUCUGCCCGCAGGAGUUCUCCACGGCAACCGCACUGGCCUCGCACGUCAAGACCCACACCGGCGAGCACGCCCACCAGUGUGAGGUGUGCUCCCGAGGAUUCGCCAAGUUUGCCGGCCUGCAAGCGCACAUGCGCAAGCACACUGGCGAGCGAGCCUUCUAUUGCGCCGAGUGUGGCAAAGGAUUCACACGCAAGCUGCACCUCAAGCAACAUGUGGCGUCCGAGCACGAGCCAGUGCGACCAGUGGCCACGUGUGAAGUGUGUCAGCGUGACUUUGUCAACGUUGAGUCCCUCCAGGUGCAUAUGAAGACACACAAUGUGUCCAGGGGGACGAGUGCAAUUGUUGUCUACAUUAACAAAAAGUGAG